CGCUGCGCUCCAUGCUGGUUUCUGAAUGUAUCAUCUGCGACCAGGUCCCCUGCUCAAGCCGAAAGAUUUCUUCCUCUGUGAGAGGAACAACAUUUUUCCCGCUCACCUUUGGACCGGCCAAGCACUGCAGGGCCACGUAGGAACCAGAGGCUCCUGCCUUGUGUGUCACUGAGAAUAGAGUCCCGCAGGCAAGCCAGAGAGCGAGGUGGGAAAGCGGCGGCGGCGGCGGCGGCGGCAGUAGUAGCAGCAGCAGUUCCCACUCUCUGCAGGGGUGUGGAAGGGACACUUGUGGGCCAGCCACACCAGUGAGCGUUGGGGAAGGGAGAAACGGGAUGAGCAGCCAUUUGGAGGAGAGGCUCAGGGAAGCUGCUGCUCUAGGUGACCUAGAGGAGGUGCAGACGCUGCUCCACAAGGGGGUGGAGGUGAAUGCCCAGAAUGAAAUCAAUGGCUGGACGUGUUUGCACUGGGCUUGCAAACGGAAUCAUACUGAAGUGGUUGCUUACCUGCUGGAUUCUGGAGCUGAUAAGGAGAUUUUUGCAAUUAAAGGAGAGCUGGCAGCACAUUUAACUUCCAAGGAAGAAAUCAGAAAACUCCUGGGAGUGGAAGAAUGUGACAAUCAAGAAGUGAACGACUUGAAGCUGCCAACUGUUGCAGACUCGUCGAUGAACCCUUCAUUUCUUUGUGCCGACAAUCGAGAAAGGGACGAUGCCCCUACUAUCUUAGCACCACCUGAGGACAAUAGCACUGCCAUCUCUUACUUAUCUGAGAGUGAACCUAGCCCUUGUUUAUCAGCAAAUCAACUUGAAAAUAUUUGCACACCCAUUUCCUUGCACACUGAAACAGAACUUCCUGAAGACCACUGUGAAGGGGAGCUCACUUCUCCUAUCAGCUCUGGAGUAUUAGAAUGCACACCGCCUAGAGUCCAGAGCUGCCCUGUUUAUCCCUCAUUUACAUCUCACAACAGAGCUCUCUUGACCUCAACUGUAUCUGGACAACAUGUACCUCAGCAAAAUGGCUCCUGUAUGGGCACUGCACCACCAUUACAGCCACUGCUUGUCACAGGAACUUUCCCUUAUAAUAUGCAAGAACUGGUGCUUAAAGUAAGAGUUCAGAAUCCUAAAGAGAAUGACUUCAUUGAAAUUGAACUGGACAGACAAGAACUGACUUACCAAGAUCUGCUCAGAGUGAGUUGCUGUGAACUGGGUAUUAAUCCUGAACAAGUGGAAAAGGUUAGAAAGCUACCAAAUACACUGGUAAGAAAGGAUAAAGAUGUUGCCAGGCUUCAAGAUUUUCAAGAGCUAGAAUUUGUUUUGAUGAGAAGCAUCAAUUCUCCUUUCAGAAAUGCUCCAGCAACGCUGGUGGAAGGACCCUGCUACAACACUAAAGCAGCAAAGUUGACAUAUUGAAGUUUGAGACUCAUAGGCAAUCGAGAUGUUAUAUAAAAACUUUAUUCUUCUUAAGGCUAAAGAAGUGUCUCUUUACUGCUGAAUAUUUUAUAUAUACAGCUUUUUUCUUAACAUUCAUACAUCAGUUAGUAUUUGUUGGGUGGAGCUCCCUCUAAGAUCACUCCUGAAUAGCUCAAGCAUUUUAGCAGUCUCAUGUGUAACCUAUCCAAUGAACAAGCACAAAUGGAAAACUAAUCACAACUGUUUCCCCAGUAAAUGCUUGUUUCCUCAGUUAAUUGGGAGUCUGGGACCUAAUGAUUUGUCAAGCAAUGUGAUCUUAAUGACACAAUAUUAAUAUAUUAUUUCAGGUUAAGGUUACCAGAGAGUUGUUGUAGUUGCUGGUCAUUUUUAUAAUAGUAAUUUGUUCUAAGUAUCUUCUCUGUGUUAAUAACAGUAAGACAGACAAGUGAACUGAGGAACAAGUAAAAGUUCAGUUUCCUUGUGAUAUGCUCUUUAUCGUUAGAAUCCAUACUAUGCUGUAAAAACACCUUUAUUUUGCCUUUUCUAACUCAUACCAAGUUUAUAUCGGCCAGUAAUAGGUCUAAUGAAAACUGCUGUUAUACAAUUUGCACAGUUCUGAUAAGGUAAAGAAGUGUUAUUAUUACUUAUUUAUAUACUGCUUAUACACCAACGUUAUCAACUUUGUUCCUAAAUAUUGCAUAGUAUUUACACUUGAGUGGGAGAGAUCAUAUAGCAAUGCUGGUAACUGAGCAAAUCUAUGCAUUUAGAAAACUAUUUUUGUACUUUGAGGCAUGUGAUGCAAACCAAACCAACAGAUGUCUGUAUGUGGUGUUUUAUCUUGUAAACGUAAGACAACCGUUUCCAAAGGCAGCUUUAUUUUUGCACUAUCAACUUGUAUCAGGGUAGAAACCAAUUUUUUUUUAGUGUGUUUUAAUUGAAACUGUUUUGGGCAUGGUUGUCCUUUCUUGUAUAUUUUAUUUAUUUAUUACAUUUCUACCCCACCUUUCUUUUUCAUGAUUGAAACCUAAGGCGGCUUACAUAUGGUUUCCAGGCAGUCUCCCAUCCAGGCACUGACCAGACCUGACCCCGCUAUGGCUUCAGCAGGGAGCUGGCCACAUGUGCCUUCAGACGGUGAUUCAGUGCCCCAAAAGAGGCCACCUCAUAAUUCAUCUAUAGUGAAGCUGUGCUCAAUUGUCAACCUGUUUUGCUUCUAACAGCUGAUAAGAGCUAUCUCCUCUACUCCAGGUUUGGUUACUCUGGACUGAAUGGAAUUUAGAGAAAUACUUUGAGAAGGCUAGUAGUUUCCUUUGUUUGAGAAUGCUCUACAUGGCCAACAGUCCAUCAUUCUACAUGAUUUUCUGUGUAUACUAGUGGAGGCUUACAUACAAUUUGUAAAGUAUGGUAUCACAUGGUCUUCUGUUCCUAUUCUCCCUUUACUCCCACAGGAUGCAAACUGUCAUCAUUCACAUGUACAUACACACACAGUCUAAAAGUUUAAUAUAGGGCUGGUGAACCUUUUUGGCUCAGGUGGCCAACUGUUGCAGGGCAACCCACCUGUCAAAAUCCCUUGUGCUGGGUUCCCAAGCUUGGAAGGUAGAGCAAGAAGGGUAUUGCCAGCCCUAUGCUUUGGAAGCCACCCCACACUUCUCCUUUUCAUCCCCAAUGUCAGGGGUAGAAAGGAGCCAUUUGGGGAGGCUUCAGCGAGCAGCGCUGGGAAGGAGAAGCAAUUCCCCCUUCUUGUUGGGUGGUUGGGAGCCCACUUUAAAUUCCCAAUUGUUCCAUUGAUGCUUGGCCCUUACCUGUCCCACACCUAUCGCCAUGUAUAACAUCAAGCAUAGGGGUGGGUGUGGCUUUCCCAAAAUGGCCUGGCAGGCCAAGUUUGGCCUGAAGGCUAGAGGUUCCCUACUGCUUUAACACCACUUUAGAAGUGCUGCCUACUCUCUUUGCUGACCCCUUCUCGUCAAUGAUACACAGACCCAUCUGUUGCCUCAACCUUUUGCAAUGACAGCUCUAAAUUUAAAAUUUCCCAAGUAGCUGGAAUAUUUAUAAAUGUUUCAUAACACAGCUAAGGCUAGAGAAGGUGUAUUUCACAUAAACUGAAGCUA